GUUCCUACCACUGGCCCAACAUGGGUCUCCACUUUGUGGUGAGGAGGCCAGUGACCGUUGAGAUUGAAUUCUGUGCCUGGAGACAGUUCCUGGACCAGAUUGUCCCACAGCACAGCUGGAUGGUGGCAGGGCCUCUGUUUGACAUCAAGGCCGAACAAGGAGCUGUGGCUGCUGUGUACCUCCCUCACUUUAUAGAUCUCCAAGGAAAAAAUGUGGACAAAUCCUGGUUCCAAGUGGCACACAUGAAAGAAGAGGGGAUAGUCCUGGAGAAGCCAGCCAGGGUGGAGCCACACUAUGCAGUCCUGGAGAACCCCAGCUUCUCCCCCAUCGGAGUUCUACUGAGAAUUGUCCACGCUGUCCUGCCCAUUCCCAUCACCUCCAAUGUACUGCUCUACCAUCACCUCCAGCAUGAGGAAGUGACCUUCCACCUCUACCUGAUUCCCAAUGACUGCUCCAUUCGCAAGGCCAUAGAUGAUAAGGAAAAAAAGUUCCAAUUUGUGCGACUACACAAGCCGCCUCCCCUGAGCUCGCUCUAUGUGGGCUCCCAAUACACCGUGUCUGCUUCACAGGAGAUGGAAAUAAUCCCUCAGGAACUGGAGCUCUGCUAUGGGAGCCCUGGGGAAGCCCAGCUCUUCUCUGAGUUCUACGUUGGCCAUUUGAGAUUAGAGAUCAUGCUGUCCAUGAGAGACAAGAAAGAUGGGACUUUGGUAUGGAAGGCUGUGGUGAAACCAGAUGCUCCAGUUUUGCCGCACUUUGUGGACCGGCAUCAGGAAGAGCUGGUGGCCUGA